AAUAGUUCUCAAAGACUAGCGAUGGGAACUCAAACCAACAGUAAAAAUAUGGGAUUGCAGGCAGAGCACCCCGAAUCCAAAUCUGUUAUUAAAUCACUGGUAUUAAAGGCAAAGGACCCCAAAUCCAGAUCACUGACUAACAUUCUGGGAGGGGGAACAGUUGCGGGGUUACUGCUAUGGGAGCAUGCGAUCUCGUCAGCAACAGUGAUAUGUAUUGCAACUGAAAUAUGGGUUUUGUCGACGAUAAUUGCGGAAAAUUGGAUUGCUCAAGCAUUGCUUCGAAUCAUUGCUUUCGUGCUUCUCAACCUCGUCAGUUUGGCUCUUGUGUCCGUCUUCACUGCCUUUUACCUUGACAAGUGCGUUCAAGGGGCGAUGAAUUCUUAUUUGACAAAAGUUGACAGAGAUAUUGGUGAAGUAAUUGACAAUUACGUCCCAGAAUCGGUGGUGAACUUUGCGAAAAAGGCUAAUGAAGUUAUAGACUUUGCGAGAAAGACUAAGGAAGAUUUCUUUGGAAGCCGAGACAGUAACGUUAAGCAAACUCCAAGCAAGAACCUAAGAGAUACCAUCAAAGAAACCAUUAAGAGCAGUUUAGAUGGGGCAUUGUGGCCCGUAUAUGAGUCAGUUCUACUAGGUUUGGCAGCAAUUGUCGAGGAUAACUUGUCUGCAAUUUUUCAUUCAAAAAUAAGCCAAGAGUUCCUGCAGAUGCUUCUCAUGAUUUCAGAAGGAAGUCAGAAGAAGACCUUCUAUGGGGUUGUUGCUUCUCUCCAGGUUAUCUCUAUUAUGUGUAUAUUUUUACCUCCAACCACUGUCCUGUAUAUAGGAUAUCUGUGCGUGGCGACUUUGCCAGCAUUAUGCAACAAGUUAAAGAUUUCCACUGUGCUCGAGAAGAAUUUCGAAACAAAGUUAGACAAGAUUUCUGGCAAUGAUGAGUCCGUACCUAAAAGAUCCUGAAGCUUGGCAUUAUGACAAUUUGCAUGUUCACAGUCUGAUUCCUCUGCAAUGGUUAUAAUAUUGAAUAAAAUAAUUGCAAUAAAUAAAUUUCUGUACAUAUAUCCCAUCAGAAUUUGGGAAAAUAAAUAAAUUUCUGUACAUUUCUUAUCAA